AUGGAAGUCCCACCCGUUGAUCCCGCUAUCUUCAGCGAACUCGGCGACCUCGAAUCCCAGUUCACCGCCGCAGAACUCCAACUCCUCAAAGAACAAUCCCGUAUCUUCGAACCCCUCUACACCAAACGCGACAAAAUCAUCGCCCGCAUCCCCGGCUUCUGGCCCACCGUCCUCGAACAAAUCGAAGAAGAUUGCCUCACGGAUCACAUCGAUUUCGACGACGUUGAUCUCUUACGGAAAUUAAAGGUGUUGUCGGUGAAGAGGGAUAAAGACGAGCCGAGGACGUUGACGCUUACGUUCGAGUUUGGGGAGAAUGAGUUUUUGGGGGAGAAAAGUUGUAAGGUGGUGAAGAAGUUUACGUAUGCAGAGGGGGAGGAUGAGGAGGGUGGUGUGUUGACAAGUAAGAAGGCUAGUUUGGAGUGGAAGGACGGAAUGGAUCUCACCAAGAACGCUGGUUCCUUUUUCCAUUUCUUUAGCUGGACUGGGAAUGGGAAAGAUAAGUUCCCGGGAGAGGAGCUCGCGGUAGUCAUCGCGGAGGAUAUGUACCCCAACGCACUAAAGUACUACACUGAAGCUGUCAACGAAGAUGAAGAGGACUUUGAUGAGGAGGAGGGGUUGGAGGAUGAUGAGGAGGAGGAGGGGGAGGAUGAGGAAGAUGACAAGGAGGCGGAGAAGGAGCAGCCGAAAAAGAAGAAGGCAAGGACUGCUUAA